AUGGCUGCCGAUAUCAAACCCAAGAAACUUACAGACAGAAAGCUUCUCAUCAUAAAUCCAAACUCUUCGAAGUCUAUGACCGAGGGCCUGCAAACUCUACUUUCUACAAUAAGUGAUUCCUCUCAGAUUCAAAUUUCAUUUUACACAGCUCAACUGCCAAGUCCUCCGUCCAUCAACAACGAGGAGGAUGCAACCCUCUCUACGCAAGUUGUUCUUUCGGACCUUACAUCGACUCUUGAUCAAUAUGAUGCAUUUCUUGUAGCCUGUUACAGUGUUCAUCCAUUGGUUACGGAACUCAAGAAGAGAGUGAGACCAAACGUACACGUGACAGGAAUUUUUGAGGCCAGUGUCAUGAUGUCUUUGGGAUUGUUGACGCAGGGUAACGGAAAGAGAUUGGGUGAUAGUGAAGGUGACAAGGAAGGAUUUGGAAUUGUGAGUACUGGAAAAUACUGGGAAGAGGUGUUGGGGGCAGGUGUGAGAGAUUUCUUGGGGACUCAAAAGGGAGAACAUUGUGAAAGAUUCAAAGGAGUAGAGACUACAGGUCUCACUGCUGGCGAGCUUCAUAGUGUCGAUAGUGAGAUUGUCGCCACCAAAAUGAAGGAAGCGGUGAAAAGAUUGGUUGGGAAAAGAGAUUGUUCCAUCGUUUGUCUAGGGUGUGCAGGAAUGGCAGGUAUGGAUGACAUGGUUCGAGAAGCACUCGUGGAAGAAUUAGGAUCAGAGGAUGCCAACCGAGUAUAUAUUGUCGACGGCGUCAAAGCUGGUGUUGUAUACUUGGAGGCAAAUAUGAAGGCAUUGCCUAAUGGAAGUGGCUAA